GCAGCAGCCUGCCCCUUUAUUACGCACACUACGGUAGCAGCUCCCUACACUCUCUCCCUCCCCACAGCCAAUAGAGCGGCUGUGCUGAGUCGUGCCUCAGAUGUAGCCGGAGCCGCCUCAGAGGAGGUGUGUGCGCGUGUGUGUGUGUGUGUGUGUGUGUGUGUUUGUGUGGAGGUGGUGCGUCCACCUGGACUGCUGCUGUGUCCUGGCUUUAGUGGGGUUUCCUCUGCCGGGGGCGGGGGGGCACUUCUGGUACUCCGAGACCCAGGACUGAGGCUGGACCAUGGGCUGUUCCGGCAGCCGAGCGUGCCUUAAUGCUCCCUGCGACGCACAGAGGAGAGAUGAGGCAGUGAGGAGGCGGCAGGAGCUGUCCCAGGAGCUGGUUAACCUGCAAGGAGAGCUGGUGUGCUCGGCCACCUCAUGCGAGCGCCUGGAGAAGGAGAAGGAGGAGGUGCGGGCCUCCCUGGCGGACGCCCUGCGGCGCCUGGAGGAGCAGCACCAGGAGGAGCUGGCCCAGCUGGAGGCCCGGCUGCAGGCCUUCUACCAGGCCGAGUGGGACAAGGUCCACCGCACCUACCAGGAGGAGGCCGACAAGUGCCGGACCCUCAUGGAGCAGCAGCUUGGGGACUUGAACGCAACCAAUGAGGCGAAUAAGUUGGAGCUCAAGGCAGACCACUUUGAACACGUGCAGGACAUUAAACGACAACAUGAAGAUUCUCUAGAAGAGCUCAGGAAAAGUCAGAGUGAGCAGCAGCAGUCUCUGCAGAAGACCCUGGAAGAGGUGGAAACCACGUUAUCUGGACAGAUCCAGGAGCUGACGGAGGAGAACACCACCCUCGUAGAGAAGCUCAAAGCGGAGGAGGAGCGGAGGAAACAGCUGGCGGGGAAAAGCCAGAAGGACUCCCACACGCUGUAUCUGGAGCAGGAGCUGGAGAGCCUUAAGGUGGUCCUGGAUAUCAAGAACAAACAGCUCCACCAGCAGGAAAAGAAACUCCUGCAGAUGGACACAGUGGUGGAUAAGAGUGUGAAGCUGGACGAAAGCCUUAUUAAGGUCCAGCAGGAGAAUGAAGACCUCAAAGCCCGGAUGGACAGGCAUGCUGCUCUGUCAAGGCAGCUGUCCACAGAGCAGGCCGUGCUGCACCAGUCCCUGAAGAAGGAGUCCAAGGUGAACAAGCGUCUGUCCAUGGAGAACGAGGAGCUGCUGUGGAAGCUCCACAACGGGGAUCUGGGCAGCCCCCGCAGGCUGUCCCCCACCUCCCCCUCGCACGCCAACAGCUUCCAGUCUCCUCGAAGCUCCGCCCUCUUCUCCAGCCCGCCCCUCUCGCCCAGAUAGCCACGCUGGGUUGGUACUCCCUCCACCACCUCCAAACCCUCACCCCUCCACCUCCCCCCCACGAUCUCUCUCCCUGGGGUUCCAGGUGCCAGACGGGCUCUCCGAGCUGCCUGUAGGGUUCCACUGGAACCAUGAGCCAUACGAGUUGGCUCCUCAGCGAUGCGAUGGAGCGCUCGGACACUUCCCUGUACAGAUGGAAUUUUUGCCGUUUUUUGGAAAGGAGCGUUGUACAGAAAUGAACGCUAUUGCACAGGAGCACUUGACUGAGCAGGGCCCACGUCGUUCUGUGCCUUUCUUGACCCCUCGUUGUUAUGAGUCAGUAAGAGGAAAUCUCAGGACUUAAAUGUCACGCUACACUAUUUUUGUUACUGUUUGUUUUGUAGCAGUCGCUUCGUCUUCUCGGUAACAUGUUCACACAAAUAUGCAGACACAGACAGAUGGCCGGUGAAAAAAGUUUUCACUUUCGCUCUCUCUGUAAACCAAAGGCAGGGAAAUCUGCAUGGCUGUGAAUCCAAAUAUUAGUGUUGCUUAUCAGGACCUGGACAUAUUGGUAAAAAUCCAUACAUCUGUGUAGUCUAUAUAUGUCAUUCAAAUUGUUUGAUUCCCUUCAUGAUAAUAACCACGUCCACUGCCAGAGAGCCCACAGAAUACUGUGCAGGUCUCCUCCUGAACUGUCACCCCAUUCAGCUGAACGGUUCACUUGGUCUCAUCAGGAGGGUCUCGAGUUCAGAGGUGUGUGAACGGAAACGAGUGGCCUAAUUCAUCUUGAUGGUUAUUUUAUUAGUUGUUGGGUAAAGGGACCAAUCCAAGUUUGUGUUUGUGCAUGUGUUUGUCACAGAUCGCCCUGCUGUACCCUUUCUGCUGCAGCUUUUGAAAAGUGUCUUCACAAAGAGUUUACAAGGAGAAAUUGUGUUUAAAGUGUGGAGUUGAAAGUGUGUUGACACCAAAAUAUGCAAAUAAAGUCAUGUACCUUACAUUUGGCUUGGCCUUUGCUUUGGCUUUUUGUCUCAAGAAGCUGCACAUUUCAGCAUUUGAUGUGUCGUAGAUAAAAUGGAUUAAAGUUGAUUAGUGUUGUAUCUGUGUAUCAACAUUUAAUGACUACAACGUCGACAAAGUGAAAGGGGUUCAGUUAACCGUGAAGAGGUGGAAAAUACAGCAGGUGUCCCCAUAAACCAAAAUAAGAACAGGGCUCGCAGUUCACAUUCCACAUACGGACUCCAUUAAAGCCUGUGUCUGCCACACUGCUUAGCUUUAAACACACUACUCUGUCUCCUCCCCAAAGCAAUCCUCUUGAUGUUCUGGCCCUCCUUUAUUGGCCCAGUUCUAACCUAAAGCCAUGGUUCCCUGGAGCCUUGUCUUUGACAAGCUCUGUUAUCAUUACUUAUACAAUAUGUUAAAUCACACUCAUUAUGUAAAUAUUGUGACAUUUCCUUCACUGUGCAA